CCAGAUAUAAACGCUGAGUUUCGCUGAUACCCGGCAGAAGACGCUUGUCGAGCACAAGGAACGAGACUAACGAACAGGAUAAACUCGAGCGCAAAGGAGACGCGUUUGGAUUACUAUCUAUCUUGCCUUUUCGUCCACACGUUCGUACUGGAUUUUGUGAUUUUGGAGUCCUUCUUGAGACGUUUGGAUUAUUAUCUCCACACAUCAUGACUCUGGAAGAAGUCGUUGGAUGCGAUAUGGCUGACCAAAAGUAAAAUGGAGACCGUGAGCCAAGCUUUAGAAGAGCUGCUGGUUGCAGCACAGAGACAAGACUGCCUGACCGUGGGGGUUUACGAGUCUGCAAAGCUAAUGAAUGUGGAUCCAGACAGCGUGGUAUUGUGCGUGCUGGCCACUGACGAAGAGGACGAGGACGAUAUCGCGCUGCAGAUCCACUUCACGCUGCUGCAGGCUUUCUGCUGCGAGAACGACAUCAAUAUCCUGCGCGUGUCCGGCUUGCGGCGCCUCGCGCAGGUCCUGGGCGAGCCAAGUGCCGUGGACGUGAGCGGCAGCACCGGCGGCAGCAGCAGCAAUAGCAACAACAACGGCGAGCCUAGAGACUUCCACUGCAUCUUAGUGACUGUAAGCAUCGACUUUCACCUUUGUUUAUUGGCGAUAUUUGAAGCUGAACUGCUUAACUGUAACAGGCGAGAAGUGCUUGGCCCCCUUAGCAUUGCAUACCGUAAUACACGUAAUAGCAGUAACCUUUCGCAUGUUCUAGCUCUUAGCCCGGUGAAUCAUGCAGGACUCCCCCGCCUGAGCUUAUGCGCUAGCUGUUAGCCUUUAGCCGCUAUUUGCAUACACUUUCAAUAUGAUGCGACCAGUUACAAGAACAGGUUGACUUAAUGUCGUUCCUUUUUCUUACAGAACCCUCAAUGCCAGCCUCUCAAGUGCCAGGCGCUCCAGGAGGUGGGCAACUACUGCGACGAGAGCCGCUGCAGGAACCAGUGGGUGCCGUGCCUGUCUCUGCGCGAGCGCUGAAAGCUGACCGGUCGGCGCGUGGGAAAAGGAAGAUUUCAAAAGAAAUGAGCGAUCAACCGCCAUUGCAAACCCGAGAAUGCAAAAGGGGGGCUUUUUGUGUUUUUGGUCACCGCUCUGCAUCAGCCAACGGCGACGAGGCUGACGAGAGAGAGAGGGAGGAAAAGUGCGCUCCACUCUGCAGCCCUGAUUCCGUCCUCCGCGUGAGGGAGGUAGUGGUGGAGGAGGAAAAGGAGGGGGAGGAAAGGCCGUGGUGGAGCGAGCGCGCGCCGUGGUGGAGGAGCCGCACGCGGGGGUGCUCGGUUUCGCCGAGGAAAGAAAACCGAGAAACGGCGUGGCACGACUGUAGAAGCGGGUCUGCUGUGUGUCUUUGUAGGGCACUCGCUGACUCGUGGGACUGAACUCUUGUGAGAGAAAUGUGCACGCGACAAAUCGCUCAUGUGUUUUGGACUUAGAGCCAGCUGUGGACUGCAACUGCUUUGUGUGACUGCAAGAGGGAGGCCAGUGUUACAAGACAUGAUCAUGUCUGUUGGACUCACUGAAUGCAAGGAAACUAUGAAUGGACUUUUCCCUUAGUCUGUAACUUAUUGCUCAUAACUUAAACAGAGUAAUAUAUGUGUGUGUUCAAACUAAUGCUGUUUCAAUAAAUUAUUGUCUGGAAAUGGAA